AUGACUUGUCCUGUUAAAGACGUCAUUGAAGCAGCUCUAUCGUCUUGUUUAGCUCUGUUCAGCAUUGUGGCCAACAUCAUCGUYAUCCUCGUUAUAUAUAAAAACGUUUCACUACAAACUCCAGUGAAUCUCCUCUUAGUUAAUCUCGCCAUUGCUGACAUGAUUGCCGCSGUGUUUGUCCUCCCMAGGUUCACCUUCAAACUCAUUUUAAAYUACCCAGAAGGCAAAGGGGGCGAUAUUCUGUGUAAAUUUGUCCGUGACGUGUCAUGGAUUGGUGGCCAGGCCGCCGCGUUCACGCUCGUUGCUAUAGCAUUUGAGCGCCAUUUUGCAAUAUUGUAUCCUUACCGUAGACUUGGAAGGAUUUCAAAAGCGAAGUAUAGAKUUAUUGUUAUUGGGAGCUGGAUUUACGGCGUAUUGUUAGAGCUCCCUUCGAUAUAYUCAUCCAAAUAUAACAGCGAUUUGGCAAUAUGCGAUGAAAAGUGGGACAGCAAACUUCUUGGUCAGCUGUAUUCCGUACUCUUAUUCACAAUGAACUUUGUAGUUCCYAUGGUAAUCCUCUGGUUUGCAUAUUUUGGAAUUCUGAAACACUUUUGGGGCAUGCGCAAUAAGACGCGCGUUGAUGACGUCAGCAAUAUGGCGCUGUUCCGRUUCAGGAAAAGAGUAACGGUCGUGUUGUUAGCCGUAACGCUGUCCUAUGGAGUAUGUUGGCUGCCACAAGUGCUAUUYUACAUGAUUUAUCACUUGUCAAUCGACGACCCSGUCAUAAAAUAUGACUCCACGUUGUACAAUUUCGCUGUCAUACUUGUUGGGCUCAACUCGUGUCUUGAUCCUAUCUUUUACAGCCUCCAAAGCGAGCGAUUCGGUCGAGCUGUCAAACGAAUGUUCUGCUGCAGAAGGAAAAAGCCUGUAGAAAACUUGGAUUUACAAAUGACAGCUUUUACGGUGAACUUAUUCAUGCAAAACAAAUCAAUUUCGCUCAAGCUUUACGCGAGCUUAAAUCUAUAAGAGAUACGUAAAGUUUACUACGUAAAAGAACUGCGCACAGGCUUUACGCGAGCUUAAAGUAUAUGAGAUACGUAAAGUUUACUACGUAAAGAAAACUGCGCACAAGCUUUACGCAAGCGUAUGGAUUCGCAUAUCUAUACCGAAAGUUACUACGUGAAGAAACUGCGUAUUUCUUUGCUAUGACUGUAUCUGAGA